UUCACUAUGAGCGUAACAUUCGGCUGUAGUGGGGCUUGGGGAUGCUGCUAAUGGAGCCGCGUCCAGCAGAAACAUGGAAUUAGACCUAACUGGAGACCUCACUAGACAGUCACUGGCAGCCAGGACUCAGUGACAAAGGAGAUGGACGUGGGAAAUCUGUAACAAUUCGUUCUCGGGAAGUUCAGUUCUCACUUAACCUACAGCUAUGAAAGAGAGCAUUUAUCACCCAUUCAAAACCCAGCAGCACCCGUUACUCCUUCGAAGACCCUUACCUCCAAAGCUCCCUAAGUUACCUGUAUUAAAGAAGAAAGUUCGUAUAGUCCAUACAGUUAAGGCUAGAGAACCUGAGGAGACCUCUGGAAAGUUCAGCCCCGAUGAAAGCGCGUCAGUGAAAGUCGAUCAAAGUGUUUCUCAACCAAAAAGACCUGCUAGCGCUAAAACCAUCUGUCUUGAUUAUGACGGGAAGGCACAGGAAAGAGUGGUGCCUCCCGUUAACAUUAUUACACAUCCACGCGGUGUCCGCCGCCUUCAUUGGAAGGUCCCGAAGAGCGCCUCUGGUUCCAUGUUUAUUCCAAGAUGUAUGUCAGCGUCUUCCCGAGUUUUUAGGAAUACACUACAGCAAAUAAAAAGAACCAGAAAGUCCUUGAAAAAAGAAAGCAAAGACGACGAGUUGCCCACUAAAAAGCCAUUUAGCAACACUUUAGUUCUUUCCAAGGAGUUUUCCAAACCUUUACCCCCUUCUUACUCUAGGUUUAUAACUUCUAGGUUUAAGCCAUCAGGUACCCAGGUCCGCCCUGCACCAAAGAUUUCGAGCUAUAUUCAAGAGCUUCCUCUUCUCAGAAAUGUAAAGGAAACAGCGCUCAGCCCUGUAUCUAGCGUUUCAUCUAUACUACCAGAACCGCAGUGGUCUGAACGACCACACCCUAAGGUAGCCCUAGGUCAAGUGAUAUUGAACACCGGUUCACUCCCGCCCGCCCGUUCCCUGCCAACACCUGCUUUGCCAAGAAAACCUCCAAGACAGGUUGUGAUAGAAAAUGCCGCCGCCACUGCUGCGGCCACUGCCACUACCACCAGCGCCCCAGUGAGUGGAAAGACAGAAGCCCACAAACCACCUGAUACCAUUCAGAGAACCUUGAGAAAAAUAGACCCGGAUGCCCAUGUCUUAAGAGGGGAAGGCUUUAAGAAUGUCGCAGCGACACGCUCCGAAACAGUACUGGCGCUGACCACCCUGGCCAUAAUAAAUUGCCAAAUAUAUGGAAGAAAUGCACUUAAUCUUAAGGGAUUCUUUCUAACUCACUGUCCAGACUUAUCACCAGUGGCUUUUCAAUUGAUAUACCUUAAUUUAUCAUUUAAUGACCUCACCUAUUUUCCUUUAGACAUACUUUAUCUUCAAAACCUACAAGUACUGAAAAUGAGAAAUAAUCCCAUCAGAGAAAUUCCUUCUGAAAUCCAGCUAUUGACAUACCUUAGGAUUUUCUCCAUUGCCUUUAAUUAUAUUACAGAGCUUCCUUCUGGGUUAUUUUGCCUGAACUAUCUGGAGGAGCUUGAUAUUUCCUACAAUGAAAUUGAAAAUAUUCCAAAUGAAAUCCAGAGACUCAGAUCACUUGAAAAGCUGAUUGUUGACGGAAAUCCCAUAACGUCUUUUCCACCUGGGAUUUUGAAGCUUAACUUGAUCAAAUUCCAAUUUGAAAAUACAUUCACUUCUUCUCAAUUUUGGUUAGAGAAUUCCUGGAAUAACCCCCCACAACUUACUCAAAUUUGUGCUUUGUUCAUUGUUAAAAAUAAUCUACACAAAGUAUUUGAUUACAUCCCAAUUUCAGUUCAAAAGUAUCUUAUAAGCACAUCUGACUGUGAUUGGUGCCAUGGUCCCAAGUUUGGCGAAGGUUACCGCAUCAUCCGAUCCUGUGAUAUCUUUGGAGUAUCACAUGUCCCUAUUAUGUUCUAUGUCUGCUCUCCUUCCUGCUAUCAGGAGAUCAGGGAAAGCAGCUUUGUUCUGGAAGGUUUUCCUAGUAAAAGAAUAGCUCUGAAUAUGGACUGGGUGAAAGAGAGCAAAGUCAGCCAGGUCUCGUUCUUUUUGUAAAACCCACAAAUACUUAUGUAUAAGUGAUCCACCUCUUAGAGCACGGGUUCUGCGUGGAGACCCGUGUGUCUUCUCUGCUGAGUUCUCUCUGUGAUCCUCCUUCUCAUGAAAGCCUAAUCAUUAGAAGUCAGUGCAGCGCUCUGACUCAAGGAGUAAGAAAGGCCUUCAGAGUUUAGCAGGAGUCUUGAGAAGUUCCUGGAGAUCACGUUUUCAGUAAGGGGGAAAAAGGUUCAAAACAUUUGCCAAAAGAACUGGGUCUUGUACUUUGUCUUUUCAUGAACCUGUAUUCAAUGACAGGCUAUCAUCUUGAAGCCAUUGUGGGGAGCUUUGUUGCACGAGGCCACAAAGUUAUGUGUCCAGGUACUAAAUGUUAGCUUGUGCACUUCUGUGAAACCCUCCUCAAUGAUAACCAAUUGGUUU